GAACGGGCGAGCGGGGGGACGGGCCGCGGCUCUGCGCCCGGCAGGGCACCCACGCGGCUGCCGGUGUGAGGGAGCCCUCCCGCCACCGGCGCCCCGCCCCUGGACACUCCCAGAGACUGACGGGAAUUGCAGUCCCAGCCCUACUGCAGUCCGGCCCCCCGCAUGCCCACGCAGACUACCACUCCCGGCAUGCCUCGCGGCUCGCCGCCCAAUCGCGGCGCGCUUUCUUUCGGGGGUGCGGCACGCGGGGAGGCCCCGUUCAAGAUGGCGGACGACAGUGAGACAGCAGUGAGGCGGACGCCGGUGAGGCCUCCGCGGCCGGCGGCGGAGGAGAACGACCACGAGCAUUGCAGCGACUGCGAGAACGAGGCGGAGCAUGGCUCCAACCGGGGGGGCCUGAGUCCAGCAAAUGACAGCGGAGCCAAAAAGAAGAAAAAGAAACCCAAACGGAAGAAAGAGAAAGGAGGAGGAGACCAGCCCGACCAGGCUCAGGACCAGCCAGUGAAGGUGAACUCUUUACCUGCUGAGAGGAUCCAGGAGAUUCAAAAAGCCAUCGAGCUCUUCUCCGUAGGUCAGGGCCCUGCCAAAACCAUGGAGGAAGCCAGCAAGAGGAGCUACCAGUUCUGGGACACACAGCCAGUGCCCAAGUUAGGAGAGGUGGUGAACACCCAUGGCCCGGUGGAGCCGGACAAGGACAACAUCCGCCAGGAGCCAUACACCCUGCCCCAGGGCUUCACCUGGGAUGCCCUGGACCUGGGGGACAGAGGUGUGCUGAAGGAGCUCUACACACUGCUCAACGAGAACUACGUGGAGGACGAUGACAACAUGUUCCGGUUCGAUUACUCGCCCGAGUUCCUGCUGUGGGCACUGCGUCCUCCAGGCUGGCUGCCCCAGUGGCACUGUGGGGUCCGAGUGGUGUCCAGCAAGAAGCUGGUGGGAUUUAUCAGUGCGAUUCCAGCCACCAUCCACAUCUAUGACACAGAGAAGAAGAUGGUGGAGAUAAACUUCCUGUGUGUCCACAAAAAGCUGCGCUCCAAACGGGUGGCUCCGGUUCUGAUCCGUGAGAUCACGCGGAGGGUGCAUCUAGAGGGGAUCUUCCAGGCUGUUUACACUGCAGGGGUGGUGCUGCCAAAGCCUGUGGGGACUUGCAGGUAUUGGCACCGCUCCCUGAAUCCUCGCAAACUCAUCGAGGUCAAAUUUUCCCACCUGAGCAGGAACAUGACUAUGCAACGUACCACGAAGCUCUACCGGCUGCCCGAGACUCCCAAGACUCCCGGCUUGCGGCCCAUGGAGCACAAGGACAUCUCUGCUGUGCACAAGCUCCUGACCGAGUACCUGAAGCAGUUCCACCUGACACCUGUGAUGAGCCGAGAGGAGGUGGAGCACUGGUUCGUACCUCAGGAGAACAUCAUCGACACCUUCGUGGUAGAGAGUGCCUCGGGAGAGGUGACAGACUUCCUGAGCUUUUACACGCUGCCCUCCACCAUCAUGAACCACCCGACUCACAAGAGCCUGAAAGCUGCUUAUUCCUUCUACAACGUUCACACCAAGACGCCUCUCAUCGACCUCAUGAGCGACGCGCUCAUCCUCGCCAAGUCGAAAGGAUUUGACGUCUUCAAUGCACUGGAUCUCAUGGAAAACAAAACCUUCCUGGAGAAGCUGAAGUUUGGGAUCGGGGAUGGGAACCUGCAGUAUUACCUGUACAAUUGGAAGUGUCCCAGCAUGGCUCCAGAGAAGGUUGGAUUGGUGCUGCAGUAAGGGAGCCCUUGCCAGGAGAGCGUGGAGGAGCCGGGCCUGUGGAGGUGCUGCCCUCAUCCUUUCUGCCAAAGCCGGACCCACGCCAGGAGAGGGGGACCAGAGGCGCUGCCCCCGCUGCCAUCAGCCACCUCCUUGUUUGAUUUCACUGCAUCCUGGUAAAGACAUGAUCAAGGAAAUGUAACUGCUGAAACUAGAUCAUGAUUGGCAUAUAAUGGAUUUAACGGGUGAAUAAUAAAAAUAUAUAUUAUAUAUAUUUUAAAUCUUUCCUGUUCCCAACUGCCAUGAGUUGCAUUCGGCUGCUGAAGGUCACCACUGGGCUGCUGGACCGGGACUUUUCUCCAUGGGGACAGCUGAGGUUGAUGCUGUGGCGCCCAUGCUGGAGCACUGGGACGUGGUGGCUGCUGGCCAAACCCUCCUGCCUGCCCUGAGGGUGCUUCAGGCUCUCCCCUGCUCGGCUCUUUGGCCCCGGUUUGCUCCUGGCUCCAUUAACAGGGUCCCCCCGCGGGCUCGGGAGCACGUCGAGAUUCCUUUCAAAGGGCUAUUUGUGCAAGCGAUGCCUUGUCCCAUCUCCUGCCCUGCCACGGAGACUCCAACCCCUCCUGAACCGAGGGGCAGCAGCGCCUGAAGAUCCAGGGGGGAUUCGGCUCCGGAGCGUGUCCGGCACACCCCGCUCUGCUCAGACUCCUGGGGCUCCUUCCCCUCAGCCUCCCCCGUGGGGCUGUGAGCACCGAGGGAUGCUCCACUGCCACUGCCACACCUCCGGCCUCUCUGCUCAGCUGCUGUUGUCUGGAAGCAUGGAAAUACGGAUAUGUGCCAUCAGCCUCACCCCGGAGCUUCAGCCUCGCCCGCCCCCGGUGCCUCCACCGCCAGCUCCCGGUGUCACCUCGUGCUGUGGGAUCCGCCGAGAGAAAGGAAAUGUUUCAGUGAAAACCUUCAUCCCUUCGAGAUCUUUUGGGAGAGGAGUGCCCGGACAGCCUCCUGCUGUGUCCUGAACCUUGUCCACCCAGAGCCCCGAGAUGCUCCUGCCCGCCCAGCCAAAGGUUUCCAAAGCUGCACACCAAGGCCAAGACCCCGUCUAUGCACUCUCAUGCCUCCCUGUCCCUUCAUGUCCCUGUCACACCCCAUGGCACCACGGACCCUGAGAGCCUGUGCCCACCCCAGCCUGGACCUGUGGGGCCUCGGUGGGGACUAGGAGCCCAUCACAUCCCCCUGGCAGAGCCAUCACAUCGCCCCUGCUCGGGGUCCUGUGUCACCUAUGCAAGUACCUCUGUGUCUCCUCCUGUGUCCCUGCUGUCCCGGGCUAGGGGAGGCUGGAUGUGGGUGGGGACACCCCAUGGGACCCUCCCCCUGUCCCCAUAGCAGGUUUGAGAGCUGCUGCAAUGAAUCCCCCCAGCUUCCAUGGGUGCAGUACCCAUGGGUGCUUGGCAGCUCCCCAGGGCACCGCUGAUUUGGGGGUGGGCUCAGCCCUGAUCCACCCACAAUGGGCCCCGGGGGGUGACAGGGACACUGGGACAGGCUCUGUUAAAAUAAAACUUUUAUUUGA